GAGAAGAUCCAUGUACAGGUCCGCCGACCUGCUCCAGGCUAGAUACACAGUGGGGAUGGAAAUGUAGACGAAUCGGAGAACGAGAGAGAGAGAAAGAGAGAGAGAAGGCCCGACCGAACUCCGAGACUCGGAAUGACAUCCGACAGUCUAGCGCUCGCAAGCACUACUAACGGACUACAUUUCCAUUCCAAUUCAACUCUGAUUGUUCCUUCAAAAUUUUUAAACUAUCCUAAGGAACAAUACACCAUUAAUGGUUGAAAAAUUCCACCAAACAUAUCCAUUAAAAUACACUAAAUUACGUGUACACUCUACGCAGCGUCAGCAGUAAAAUUCCUAAGUGCAUUUUUAUGAACAAUUAAUCAGUUUGCUGAGUGAGGUAAACCCUUUAAAAUGUUUAGCUAGUUCUAGAUGCAGUAUAUGGAACAUAUGAACACCUCAAUGAUGAUGACCCUACCGGCUCCAAACAAUCCAACCGACCUCUCUCACUUCAAGCUCUCCUCUCCUCCUGGAUCUAAAACUCCAGAUAGAUCAGACUCGGUUUCACCCUCCUCCAGUCCUCCCUCACUACCCCCAUCCUCAAUAUCAAUGGUGACCAUGGCCUCUAUGCUCUCGAGGCCCCCGAGUUUUGGAUUCCCCGGUGUCCCUUUCCCCCAGGGGUUUUCUCCUAAAGAUUUCUCCCGGAUGAGUGGGGAAUAUUCAGGAUUGCAUGGAAUGAUGCAAAAUCGUCCCUAUGCGCGAUCACCUCCCCCCAUGGUGGCUCCGAAUGAUCCAACAGCUAACGAUUGUAAAAUCGUGGAUUAUCGCGGAGAAAAAAUUGCGGCAUUUAUGAUCAACGGGAAGACGAUGUUGUGCCUGCCACAGGCCUUCGAGUUGUUCCUGAAGAACCUGGUGGGGGGACUCCAUACUGUUUAUACUAAGUGUAAACGUCUGGAGAUCAUGCCAAUGAUCUGUAACGUGGAACAGGUUCGCGUACUGCGGGGUUUAGGAGCUAUCCAACCUGGAGUAAACAGAUGUAAACUAAUCGCAGAUACAGACUUUGACACAUUGUACAAGGAUUGUACAACUAGCAGACCUGGCAGGCCACCGAAACGUGUGAUGCCGUUCCCUGCGAUGAGCCCCCAGGACGCGAUGCUUCGUCUUUCCCACCCAGGCUCAGGGCAGUCCUUCAACACGGACCCAUUCAACCCUUUUCCGAAGGAAGGAGGACUAGAGAGGUUCGGAGGACCUCCUCAUCAUCCUCAUAUGGGAGCAGCACAUCUCAUGUCUUUGAACAGCUCUGCGGCUCAGGCCGCCCUUCUUUCCCGGUCUGGUGUUCUUCCUGGUUUAGGCAAUCUUCCCAACCAUCUUCAGAACAUGCCCAGCCUUCAAAAUAUCCCAAAUCUUCAAAACCUUCCUAAUCUUCAAAACCUUCCCAAUCUUCAAAACCUUCCCAAUCUUCAAAACCUUCCAAACCUGCAGAAUCUACCUAACCUUCAGAACCUGCCCAACCUUCCCUCCUUGUCCUUGCCCUCCUCCCCCAACCCGCACAGCCUGCUGGAGACCUACAAGCAGAACUACGGGGAUAUGAUUAAACACUUACAGGGGUUGCAUCGGAGUCCAGAGAAAGAAGUAGAUAUUAAAGAUGAUAUUGCAGAGAGGGAGGAAAAUGCUCUUAAUCUCUCCAGAACUCAUUCAGACAUACAGGAGGAUAUAUCUGUCAGAUCAGAGUCAGAUAUAGGAGAAGCUGAGCAGACCUCCGAUGAUGAUAUUGAAGAGGCAGAGCUGAGAAGGGAUGAGGGGGAGAGGAUGGAGGAGGAGGAUGAGGAGGUGAGGGAGGGUAAAGGAGAGGAAGGAGGGAGGAUGGGUAGUAUGUUCCAGAUGAUGAAUCAUAUACAAACUUUAAUCAGCAAGGCGGUGGAGAAUGCUAAAAAGGAAGAUUCGGUUUCAGGAGAAACUAGAGCAGAAACCAGAGAAUCCCAGUCAAAUAUCAAGAGAAAAAUAAUAGAUGAAGAAUCCAAAAAAUCAGACUACUACCGGAAGAAGUAUCGGAAGGAGAAGAACCUACGGCGUCGACUUGAAGAUCAGUUAGAACUAAAAAUAGGAAAGAUAGAUAAACUAGAAACUGCUCUGGGAUCUCUCAGCUACGACACACUAAUUAAAGUCAAGGAAUCUAUUGCUAAGGAAGCUGCUGACAGGGAAAAGGAGAAAGAUUGUAAAUCAGACCGAGGUUCAGACUUGGAAAAGGAAAAAUCCGCCAGUCCUUCAAAAAUGGCUUCAUCACCGAGUUUGGCCUCCUCUCCCCUCGCCUCAGGGGCGGAAUAUCAUAGUUUAAAUUACAGUAUGGCAAUGGGUCGGGCUAUGGAUCGGCCUCUAUUCCCUGUUAAUCUGCCAACCUCACUACCACACUCUGUAUCACCUUCAUACUAGCGUGCUUCAAGCACACUCACAGCUGUUUUAGUUCUUAUCUAGACAUCAGGAGAAGCUGUACUAGUAGAGUUAGAUAAUGCAUAAUACCCAUCUUAUAUAGUUUACGAUAUAUUUAUUUAUAACAAGCUAACCCCCCCCCCUCAUCCCUCCUCCUCUCUUUGUUUUUUUUUAAUUUAUCUAAAACUUGAAGUAGUAUUGAGGAAUAACUAGAAAACAGCCAAAAAAUAUAUGAAUCACCCCGUGAUGAAUGAUGAUGUUAUCAAAUAUGUUAAAUAUCGGAAAUGUGCAACAUAGAGUCUAAAACACACAAUCUGUUGUGUAAAUGUGAUGUAAACAUACACCCGGAGAGGUCGUCAUUGUUCAACGUUCACCCUGUAUAUUUCAUCACCCCCUAAAUGUUUUGAGAACAGGGUAAACCAUUUUCAUUUUUUUUUUAAAUGCACGAUUAAUACAAAAAAAUUUACCCCUGCAAAAUUAACUAGUUCAAUGCAAGCCGUAAACACAAAACUAGAAGUUUAAACUGUUCAAUUCCAAUUAACUCGAGUUUUUUUUUACUCUUAAAGAACAAACCUUUCAUCAGAUGAAAAUUGUCUACGAAGUUUUCUUGACUCCAUAUUUACUUUGUUGACGAUUAACACUUGCUGAAAAAUUGGAAUUGAU